AUGCCACCAAAGCGAGGCGUGUCUGUUCUGAACCAGAACGAGGAUCUCAGGCCGCCGCCUAAGAUACCGAGAGACAACCACCGCAAAGCUCUGACCAAGCCGCAUACACCUCCUCAUCUCCUCCCGGUGCGAGACGCGAUCUCGGAGGAAGACGAAGCUGCUGGCCCUGACGCGUCGUCGGAUCUCAGCGGCGAAGUCGACGUCACCCAUCUGUACCGAGGACGGACGACGGCUGCAAGCCCGACGCUGGCCCCCACUGAUCCUCCCGCGUUGGUCGUCGCUGCCUCUUCCUCCACUCUCGAGUCACCGGAGCGCAUACAGUCAGCGUCCUCUCGGGAUGGGGUCGAGAACGUUCCCGGCACCCCUUGUGCACCCCUGGGACCCCCCGUCCUACUCGUGGGCAAAGGAAAGGCACCCAUCAGAGACCCGCAGCCGGCGGGGUCGUCUGUGCGUCCCAACCUGAUUCCAGUUCCGAAUGUUCACGCGGGCGCCUCUGGGGCUCAAACCCCUGCCCCUCCUACGGGAGGUGGUCGGCCGCGGCCUGUUGUGUCCAUAGCCGCUGGACCCCCAUCUCUGGCCAGAGUCGCUUCUGACAGGGCUCAGUACAAUCCCAGGUCAGGCAUAGCAGGUGCCGCCGAGCCCGCCGCUGGGGAAGAGAGGGUACGAUCCAACCGCCAUCCCGCAGUCACUCCCGUGGUCGCAGUCGGCGUCGCAGCCACUCGAGAUCCCGGCGAUCUCGCCGGCGUCGUCGUCACUCCCAUGGCAGUAGUAGCUCGGACUCCGACAGUGACAGCUCCUGCAGUCGUUCGAGGAGCCGCAGCAGAGAUCGAAAGCGAAAGCGUCAGACUCCACUAG